AUGACUUCCAUGAUAUCCUCUCUCACAAAUCAAACUAUAGAAAAACAAGAACCCUUGGUUCAUAUUUUAGAAAAACAAGCAAAGGAAUUUGAAGAAUUUGGUAAACGCAUGAGCGUAGAAUUACAAUCAUCAUAUCAAGAUUAUAUUCGACAAAAUGAACCAAAUAUACAAAAAUCAAAUCCAGAGUCUGAAGUGAAGAGCGCAAUCACUUGUGAUUGUAGAGAAAAAACUAAACUAAUUAAUUCCUUGAAGACUCGUAUCGAAGAAUUGGAAACCGAAUCCAUUAUUAAAAAUCAGGAAUUAAAAAAACUUCAAUUAGAUGUUCAAUUACUUUUUGAUAUUGUCUCAAAGAAUGGUAUAACGAACGUUGAAAGAACAAAUUUUAUGCCCACCCAGAUCACUAUUACCUCCGAGAUUGAAGAUAAUAAUCAAGUUGAUAUCGGAAUAACUCUUAGACAAGAGAGAAAAGAGAUUGAAAAAGAUAGACUAUCGGUUGAAAGUUUUGAUAUUAAAAAUAGUUAUUCGGAUUCUGCAUUAGAUUUAUUUACGGAUGAUGAUGGGUAUUAUGAUUCAUCGAGUGAAGAAUCGGUUAAGACGGAACCAAAUUGGAUAGACCCCAAGAAGCUCAAUAAAAAGUAUGACAAACCUUCAGAAUGGCUUGAUGUUUCCCCGACAUUGAUACAAGAAAGAAUUUAUCGUGCAAAGUCGGAUAAAAAGAAUUUAGAUCGUUGGAAUUCUAAAAUGGCUUCUAAUGGUCUAUUACCAAUCUCGUUGGUUGGAAAAGUUGAUGCCGAAAAAGAAAAGAAAAUACAGACUCAUCGAAAGAGACAUAGUACAUCUGCAAUCUG